UCCUUGCAUAGUGUCGCGCGAGAGCCCCUCGCGGAGAGACGUCACUGCUGUCAGUUUGUGGCCGUUCGUCACAUUUGUGGGUUUCAGUUCGAUUGAGAUGCUGCUCAAAGCAGAGCGCCUCGUUUUCUCGUCUUUCGUUUUCAACAACGACUAACGGCGAAGACCAAAACGGGAAUGAAUCACGGAAAACGACAAUCUAGCGGUGGAAAGGAGGAGAAGACGUCGCCGGAAUGAUCCCCAAAGAGACGCGUUUCCUCGCGCUGCGCUCGUGAAGCUCAUUCGAAGGAUUCAAAGGGGCGCGCGAUCGAGCGGGUCUCGCGCACAGCCUGCCCUCAAUCAUGCCUGUGCGACGAGGUCACGUCGCGCCACAGAACACAUUUCUCGGGAUUAUUAUCCGCAAAUUCGAGGGUCAAAACAAGAGAUUUGUCAUAGCAAAUGCACGCGUCCAGAACUGUGCCAUCAUCUACUGCAAUGAUGCCUUCUGUGAGAUGACCGGGUUUUCCAGGCCAGACGUCAUGCAGAAGCCGUGCACCUGCGACUUCCUGCAUGGACAGCUGACCAACCGGCAUGCUAUUGCGCAGGUAGCACAGGCUCUCAUGGGCUCGGAGGAACGCAAAGUGGAGAUCACCUAUCACCGCAAGGACGGAUCAGACUUCCUGUGUGCGACACACAUUAUUCCAGUGAAGAACGAAGAGGGUGUUGUCAUGAUGUUCAUCUUGAGCUUUGAUUACGUGCUAAAGGAGGGUAGCAUGGAUUCGUUAGACAGACUCAACCACAGCUCCCCAUCCAGACAAGAACAAAAAAAAGGCCGUUUCUUCCGUUUUCGUCUGCCUGCCCCACUAAGCAUGCUAGGAGUAAGUAAGCAAUCCCUGCCCCAAGAAGACCCGGAUGAGGUGACCAUUCAUUCGGCUGAUCAGAAUGAGAAACGCUCUUCCUGCUCGUCAUCUCUCUCCCUUUCCCUCUCUCCACGUGAACUCCAUCCACCAACCGGCGAGAGCUGUAGCCCCUCCUAUGGAAAUGACACCCGGGCUCUGAUUGGCCAGAGUUGUCUGGGUUCAUGCUCACCAAUCUCAGGGCCACAGGAUCACUCGUCUCCAAGGGGCCCCUGGGAACGGAUGGACCCCCAGGAGCCUUUGGGGACUGCAUCCAGGGUGGCAUCACAGGCCAGUAUGUGCACAUUUAGGAGACCAUCAUCUACACAAGAUUUAGAAGGAAUCAGUACGCACACACAAAGGACGUAUCGUGAUCGCCAUGCUAGCGAAGAUAAUGGGCGUAGUAUUAAAGUGUCGCGCUCUUGGAUGGCUGGGGGUCCAUUUAAUCAGAUCAAGUCCAGCCUUCUGGGCUCCACGUCUGACUCAAACCUCACCAAGUACAGCACCAUCAACAAGAUCCCUCUUAUCACUCUAAACUUCUCAGAGACAAACAAUGACAAGCGGGCAUCAUCUCCGCAUUCCUCAGAGAAAACCAUCAUCGCACCAAAGGUCAAAGAUCGGACACACAACGUCACAGAGAAGGUCACACAGGUGUUGUCGCUAGGCGCUGAUGUGCUUCCAGAGUAUAAGCUUCAGACACCAGGCAUCAACAAGUUCACCAUUCUACACUACAGCCCCUUUAAGGCAGUCUGGGAUUGGCUGAUUCUGCUGCUAGUUAUCUACACCGCUAUUUUCACGCCCUACAGUGCGGCCUUCCUUCUCAAUGACCUGGAGGAGGAGAGGAGACGUGAGUGUGGUUAUUCCUGCAGUCCUCUCAACGUGGUGGACCUCAUAGUGGACAUUAUGUUUAUUGUAGACAUUCUUAUCAAUUUCCGGACUACGUACGUCAACGCCAAUGAGGAGGUGGUCAGCCAUCCAGCUAAGAUAGCUGUGCAUUACUUCAAGGGGUGGUUCUUCAUAGACAUGGUGGCAGCCAUACCCUUUGACCUGCUCAUAUUUGAGGCAGGAUCAGAAGAGACAACGACUCUGAUUGGCUUACUGAAGACUGCCAGACUUCUCCGAUUGGUCCGUGUUGCACGGAAGCUGGAUCGUUACUCAGAGUAUGGUGCGGCUGUCCUCAUGCUCCUCAUGUGUAUAUUUGCACUGAUUGCUCAUUGGUUGGCUUGCAUAUGGUAUGCAAUCGGCAACGUGGAGAGGCCCUAUCUGGCGCACACGAUUGGCUGGUUGGAUAAUCUGGGCAUGUCCAUCGGCAAGCAGUACAACGUCAGUGACCGCUCCUCGGGCCCCUCCAUCAGGGACAAGUAUGUGACAGCACUGUAUUUCACAUUCAGCAGUCUGACCAGCGUGGGGUUUGGAAAUGUGUCGCCAAAUACCAACUCAGAGAAGAUCUUCUCCAUCUGUGUCAUGCUCAUUGGCUCUCUGAUGUAUGCUAGUAUCUUUGGGAAUGUGUCUGCUAUAAUUCAGCGACUGUACUCUGGAACAGCUCGGUACCAUCUGCAGAUGCUUCGGGUCAAGGAAUUCAUUCGCUUUCACCAGAUCCCAAACCCGCUGAGGCAAAGAUUAGAGGAGUACUUCCAACAUGCGUGGACUUACACCAAUGGCAUCGACAUGAACAUGGAGGUACUGAAGGGCUUUCCAGAGUGCCUGCAGGCUGAUAUUUGUCUUCAUCUGAAUACAAGUUUGCUCCAGAGUUGCAAGGCGUUUGGCGGAGCGACCAAAGGAUGCCUUCGGGCACUGGCAAUGCGCUUUAAGACCACCCAUGCCCCACCAGGUGAUACGCUGGUGCAUUGUGGGGAUGUUAUCACAGCCCUCUACUUUCUCGCCAGGGGAUCCAUCGAGAUUCUGAGGGACGACAUAGUGGUGGCUAUCUUGGGUAAGAAUGAUAUUUUUGGAGAGAUGAUUCAUCUGUACGCCAAGCCGGGGAAAGCCAACGCAGAUGUUCGAGCGCUGAGCUACUGCGACCUGCACACCAUCCACAGAGAGGAUCUUCUGGAGGUUCUGGACAUGUAUCCUGAAUUCUCUGACUACUUCCUGUCCAAUCUGGAGCUCACCUUUAACCUGCGUGAUGAGAACACCAAGGGCGCCACCACAGCUCCUCAGAGGAACGUUUACACGGCAGUGAGUGACUCAGACACUGAAGACCCUGACGUCAAGACUAAACCCGGCUUUAAGAGGAACCACUCCUCAGGUUCUCCGAGCAGACCGAGCGGGACAGACCAGGAAAGGGGAAGAGAUGGAGAGGUUCACACGUUCCCUGGAAGGGAGGAGGAGGAAGAGGAGGGUGAGGAAGUGACAGCGAGGCCUUUGAGUUUGGGUCAAUCCCUUCCUUACAACCUGAACACCAUCCAUGACAUAUACAGUAAAGAUUGUGUUGAAAACAAUCUGUUUCAUAAAGAUGUGCGUGUUGAAGAAUGGCCUUGUGGGAAUGCAGAUGAUUCAGCGAAAUCUCGAGACAGAGAAGGAGGAGACGAUUCUGAAAGUGACAUCACAUUCGGUGAAAUGGAGCAAAGACUGGAUCUACUACAGGAACACCUGAACAGGCUGGAAGCACAGAUGACUUCAGACAUCCAGGCUAUUUUACAGUUGCUCCAGAGGCAGAGCGCUCUGGGACCUCCAGCGUACAGCACUGUGGCCGUCAGCCCAGAGUACCACAAACCCGUGCAGCCUGUCACCGCCAUGCAGACACAGAGUCCUGAUCUAGAGCACGCCUACAAAGACUCCACGCCUGCCGUUACCAUGGAGAUGACCUCUGAUGUCAGCACAGCGACUACAUUGGUGACAGACCCAGAGUGGGAGGCGGGCCUAGGACUGAAACCAUUGGAAGAUGAGCUCUCUGCAUCACAGCAGCCAAGAUCUUUCCAGAUGUCAGCCAGACAAGCGUCUCUCCCAGAUCCGGCACCCGGAGGCGGAUUGACGCCGGGUCUCCACAGGCCCUCCUCCGAUCCUGGGCUUCCAGGGCAGUAACAUAAGGUCGAAGGUUUUGAUGGUAAUGAAGCAGAGUCCAAUAACAACUAGGUUAAGUUCUAAAAAGCUGAAUUGUGAAUAAGAAUGCCUUAUAAAGGAAUCUCACUCCUGUAUGCUUUCAUGUAACUAUGCAUAGAGAGAACAAACACUACAGUAAGCUCAGCCUCCUCCCUUCUACAGCUAGACUCGGGGUAGAGAACACCAAACCGAAGAGUCGUAUGCAAAGAACUUAAAACAACCUUCCAUGUCCCUAGUAGUUACCUUAAAAAUGCUGUAGCUGAAAACAAAAGCAGUUGAGCAGAUGCAUUAAUGCAGAAUGUAUCUGUUGUUCAUUUUGUAAAUACAUAAAUAGAGCGCUGUUCGGGAAGUAACAUACUGGACAUGUUAAUGAAAGGAAGAUGCAUGCUAGGGGAUACAAAUGCAGUGUUUAUUUAUUUUUUUUUUUGCAUGUUUCUUAAAACACUUGCAUUGUUAAAUUGGUGACGUGAGCUCGUUUUUUUUGUUCUUACAUUACCUAUUUGAGAUUUACAUGUAUUUAACUAUGAAUUUCCUGGUAUUCAGGAAGAAUCUUUACUUGAACUGAACUCUGCAAAGCAAAGCCUCAUCAUGAAAACUGUUGUCAUCAUCUCAAAAUAUCACAUUAUUCUACCCAUAUCAGAUUUACAUUUAACAACGACACACUGCCCCUUCAGAGCCAACUCAACAUUUUAGCAUUGUCAGUAUUGCAAGAUCAUGUCUCAGUAUUGAAUUUGACAUAUCUUUUUUGGUCCAAGUGAGUGUGACCAUUCUUUGGCCCUCAUGGUGGGUAAUUCAAACCACAGAUGAGCGCUGUACAUCGCCAGAAACUGAGGGGUCAUUCUUGAUUAAAAAGGCAUAAAAAGGCAUUGAAAAAUGCAGCUCACAAGCCGUUUUAAUAACUGCUUGUCCAUCUGAGGAAAUGUCGCCACAUAGAUCCGCUCUGGUUGUCCGCUGUUGCAGUUUGAGAAAAGCUUAUGAAUAUUUAAUAAGGUAUGCACUGAGGCAGUUUAUGAUUAGCUAAAUCUGUUUCUGAAAAAUCUCGCACUCUUGAAGCAAGGUCAACACUAAAUUUCCCAUGGUUAAAUGCAGUGCUAAUACAAUGGCUUAACCCAGGGUUAAAUCUGGCCCUGUGGAAAGCCCUUUUGUGUUAUACAUGCUUUUUGUCCCUCAUUUCUUUAUGCAGUUUACGGAUUCAUUUUAGGAGGUUUUUACGUUCUAAAGCUGUAGCAGUGUCAUUUUUAUCUGUAGAAAUAUAUCUGGAGAACGCGAUCUGCAGGAGAAAACACUCGUUUUUGUAGCAGCAGUCAUCCCUGGCCUUCCAGAAGAUAGAUCUACGUUAACAAAACCUAUUAAACACACACUUUUAGUCUUGCAGUGUAACAUGACAGUGAGUUCAUGUGUAGGAGGACUGCAUGUUUAACCAAAGUUAGUUAGUAGAAGUAAUCACUUAAUCCACAUUUAAUGAGAUGCAUUGAAGCACACCGUCUUCCUAGUGUCCGCUAAAACGAAAACAAAAAAGCAGAAAAAUGUAUGCAUGUUUAGUAAUUUGCUCAUAUGGCCACCAGAUUUAGAGCUUCUGCAUGAAUUAAUGAAUCUGAUUGGUUGGCUGAAAUUUGGCGGCGGAGCAUCAUGACAUAUCAGUGUAUGCGAAAGAGGCUCUAAAUCCUCAUCUUUCAUCACACAGAUAUGUGGCUGGCCGUCAUCAUCACUGGCUCGUGUGACCGCUGUGAUCACGGCAUGCACUGACCUAACAGUUUCCUGUGACAUGGUCCAAGUCAUGUCUCGUGUUUUAGUAAGUUGGCCGGAGUGGGUUUGCCGUAGGGGUGUUUCUGAGACGAGGCCAGUGCGGGAAGAGAGCGAGAGAAGGAUACGAUAUUAUUGCGAUCUUUUGCACAAACUCUUUAAACAUCUUGUACAGUGUCACUUUUUAAAAUUAGUGCUGUUCACAAAAUAGUUUUUAUGCAUUUUUUGAAAUGUUUGACACUGUAUUUUAUACAAUGCAACACAUAACUGCAGGUUAGAAUGUUUUCUUCCUUGGGUAUAUUGGUAUGUAUUAUAUUUAUGCUGUAUAUUGUGAAUAUUACAAGAGUUAACGCACAACUCUGUAAAUUAAUAAAGGACAGAAUGCUUAAUUUA